GAGGCGGCGGCCGGAGCCGCGGGUGCCUCUCCGCGUCGUCGCUUCGCAGGCGGCACCGCCUCCCGGGCCGGGGCUGCUUGGCCGGGUUCUCUGCGUGUUCCCGGGCCCGGAGCCCGCGCACUAUGUGCCCGGCAGCGUUCUGAUAGCCGCUCGCCACCGCCUCCGCCGCGAUGAUUCCCCCCGAGCCUCCGCAGCCCCAGCUGCAACCGCCACCGCCGCCGGCCCCGCCGAACCAUGUGGUGACCACCAUCGAGAACCUGCCAGCUGAAGGCAGCGGCGGCGGGAGCCUGUCCGCCUCCUCCCGGGCUGGCAUGCGCCAGAGGAUCCGCAAAGUGCUGAACAGGGAGAUGUUAAUCUCUGUGGCUUUGGGCCAAGUGUUAUCCCUUCUUGUUUGUGGAAUCGGCUUGACCAGCAAGUACCUGGCAGAAGAUUUCCAUGCCAACACACCAGUCUUCCAGAGCUUUCUGAACUACAUCCUCCUCUUUCUGGUCUAUACCACCACCCUAGCUGUCAGACAAGGAGAAGAAAACCUCUUGGCAAUUUUACGACGAAGAUGGUGGAAGUACAUGAUCCUGGGACUUGUAGACUUGGAAGCUAAUUACUUGGUGGUCAAAGCUUACCAGUACACAACUCUGACCAGUGUCCAGCUCCUGGACUGUUUUGUGAUCCCAGUGGUGAUUUUGCUCUCCUGGUUCUUCCUGCUGAUCCGGUACAAGGCUGUGCAUUUCAUCGGCAUCGUGGUCUGCAUCCUGGGGAUGGGCUGCAUGGUGGGAGCUGAUGUGCUCGUGGGAAGACACCAGGGAGCAGGGGAAAAUAAGCUGGUAGGGGACCUCCUGGUCUUGGGAGGAGCCACACUGUACGGCAUCUCUAACGUCUGGGAAGAAUCCAUCAUCCGAACUCUGAGCCGAGUGGAGUUCCUAGGAAUGAUUGGUCUCUUUGGUGCAUUUUUCAGUGGAAUUCAAUUAGCCAUCAUGGAACACAAGGAGUUGCUAAAGGUGCCCUGGGAUUGGCAAAUAGGACUGCUUUAUGUUGGCUUUAGUGCCUGCAUGUUUGGUCUCUACAGCUUCAUGCCAGUUGUCAUAAAGAAAACAAGUGCCACCUCUGUCAACCUGUCUCUGCUCACAGCAGAUCUGUACAGUCUGUUCUGUGGACUCUUUCUCUUCCACUACAAGUUUUCAGGGCUUUACCUCCUGUCUUUCUUCACCAUCCUCAUUGGGCUGGUGCUCUACUCCUCCACCUCCACGUACAUAGCCCAGGAUCCCCGAGUGUACAAGCAAUUCCGUAAUCCUUCAGGACCUGUUGCGGACUUACCCAGCACGGCUCAGGUGGAGCCUUCAGUCACCUAUACCAGCCUGGGCCAGGAGACAGAAGAAGAGCCCCAUGUACGUGUGGCCUAGGGUGAGGCCUGCCCUGCCCACUAAGGACAACUCAAAGGCCAUGCGUUACUCAUCAUCUCUGUAUUGUACAUAGAGAAAGGUAUUUAGUAGGUGCAGUUUGACAGGUGGACCGCAAGGUAGCUAUUCCUCCUUUUGUCAAAGGAAACAAGCUGAAGGCCACUGGAGACACAGGCUUCAAUCCACCUGAUUCAGAGAGAGGCUUGGAUAUUAUGUGUCCUGACCCAACCCCCCACCACCCUGCAUUAAUUACUGUGAAAAUUUUUGAAUCAAAAGCAAGUAUUAUUGUUACUAUGAUUUUUAUUAUUGUUGUUACUGUUAUUACACCGACUUUCAGGAGGAGGUUUUGUAUUCCUGGUGGGAAUUAUUGCCAGACCCUCACGAAGUCAGCAUACACCCCUUUUCUAUGGCAAGUCACUUUUUAAGAAGCAUACUUUUUGUUUUGUUUUGCACAGACUAUAUGAGUGAUGCAUGCCACAGAAGCUCUACCCUUCAGAUGUUCCCUCAUCCUGGUGACCUUGUGGCUAAUGGUUUCCUCUGUCACCUGUUGGAUUGCCUGCUCAAUAAGGAUUUUGUGCUGUGACCCCUGUGGGGAGGGGAAACUGACCAUAUAAUUCUCUAUUCUAGGAAUAGAUAUAAAACAAACAUUUUAGCCUUUUUAUAUUUCAUUUUCUGCUUACUCCAGGCCAUUGGGUUUCUUUUGGGCCAGGAGAUUCACUUAAUCAGGCCGUGUGACUACAGGAUAAGAAUUCUCCUAUUUUUGUAGCUUGCAGGAAAUCCUCUAAGUAAAAUCACUUAUGUUUAGGAUUGUAAGAUUUUUUUUCUGUCCUUCCCUAUAUCUCUCUCCUCAAAAAUUAGCUUCUGUUUUAAUUUUUUCUCAAUGAUGUCAUGGAAAUUAAUCAAAUACUGAAAAAGCCAUGAUCUUUGCCCUCUUAGUUAUAUAGUACCUCUUUGGGAGUACGUCAAUGACGACACUAUCUUUAUUGUGGGACAUUACUUUUUAUGCCAUCUCUUGGAGCAAGGUACUGAUGUGGAACAAUCUCUGUUUGUGGCUCAUGUUCUGCCCCCCUAGUAGUGGUAAAGAUAUCACUACUGAAAAGUCUGGCAUUUUGGUUACAAUGGAUACCCAUCUAAUAGCCGAAUACAAAGAUAAGCAUUCAUACGCACAGAGGAUACUACAGUAUCCCAGUAAAGCUUGAUACAUCGCUAGUUUAAUCAGUUCUGUUGUCUCCACAAUGUCUUCCCCCACCACCAACAGAGGAAAUUGAGAACAUCCACAGACUUUUAUAAUAAUUUAGAAUAUAUUCCUUAUGUCUGUGUGGAAGUACUCUGUAACUUGACUGACUCCAACACCAUUCAAAAGGAUCCAUUAUGGAACUAUGGAUUUUGUGUAAAUGUUCAUGAAUUUUGAGACAAUUCAAGUCAAUAUAUUUUAAUCAAGCAAGCAAAACAAAACACUAGUGGGGGGGAAUCUCAUAAAGUAAGAACAGAUUGCAGUAGGGCCUGGACAAGGCCUAAACGCGCCAGGCAGGGCCCCUGCCUGUUCACCAGUCAGCCUCUGGCCUCUUUGCCAUCCUUCUCCUGUGAAGUCAUCGUGAUCCACUUUGACAAGUCUCAUAAGAACAGCACACAUCCAAAAUGAGUAAUGUGCUUGGAAACUGUAACUCAGUUAAAGUAUUUUUUCAUUGGAAAAUAUAACGUUUCUUCUAGAGUAUUAUUUAGUUCUGAACUAGGAGAAAGGAAGAAAAGUGGGUUUCUGAUAUGCAUAUUUCAUGUCAAAUUUCCCCUAUGGAACUAGGUUUCCUUUGCUUGGGUGGGGUGGACAUGGGGGAGAAAGGUUUGGGCUAAAGCUACAAGUCACAUCCUACAACCUUGCCAACAUCUGCUCUCUGCUCUCUGCUACCUUUUAAGCCAAUUAAAUACCUUUCUCUGAAGAUUUUGUCUAUUCAGAUCCGAAGACCUUUACAGACUGUGCUUUUAUUUUUGUGUUUACAUUCCUUUGAUUUGCAUAAUUUACUUGAUUUGUUGCAUUUUUAGUAUUUAUUUUAAGCCAAAUGUCUUUGUCUUUUUUACUCAUUCUUAUGACACUGAUUUGUAGACACUCGGUAAACUCUUAUGAGAAACAAGUGGCUGAAACUGUUUCCGAGUUUGUUCAGUGGGCUAGGAACAUGUUUAAGUUUAAAGUAUGAAAAGGUUUGCAGUUACCUGAUGGCUGAAGGUUGCCAUCUGGACCAUUUUUAUAGGAUGUUUUAAUUGACUCCAUUGUAUGAAAAUCAAGUGUAACUAUCAAGAUGAAUUCAGUGUAUACUUUUUGUCAUUGGAUGUCUUUGUUAUCAGACAUUCAUGCCAUUGGAUUACUUCACCUGUGUUGGUUUAUCACCAUUUAUAAAGCUGGCCAUCCAAGAUCAGAAGUUUGGAACUGACCCUUAAGGAAAAAAAGACAAACGUUUCAAAGAGCCAUGUUUUCAGUAGGAAAACACUGGUGGUUUGAGAGUGGGGAGGAGUGGGAAUAGGGUAACAUUAGCCGUAGCUGUUUUAGUUUCUGAGAUUCCAUAACCUCCUCGGUAGACACCAGGAAGAAUUUCAGCAUUUUACUCCACCACUGUCCUCUCCUCAGUGAAUGAGAACAGUCCUUUGUAUGACUGCUGACAAGGAGCAAACCACAGCUCUCUUCAGCCUUGCCAGAGAUGAGUAGUGGUUUUCACUUCCUCACUGGAAACUUGCACUGGGGACAGAACUUGCCUUGGUCAGUCAGAUCUCCCCACAGCUUCAAACACAUAUCCAGGUAGACCAAGCAAUGGACAAUUUUACUCCACUGUGUCCCAUCGAAGCAUUUCUAUGUUUAGUUUAGGCAUUGCUAACUUGUGCUAUUAACCUUUUGACAAGCUUGUAGUAUUGUUUGCUUGGGGUUUAUUUUUGAUUUGUAACCAUUUAGUAGUCCCCAGCUAGCUAUCAGUACAGAUUUUACCCCAUGGGUAGGAGUCUAUCUUCAUACCACGUAACGAAGCACACUAAUCCUGACACCACAAUGGAAACUAUGAACCAAGAUAGAAACAAAAAGAGAAAAAAGAACUUCACACUGGAAACCUGAACAAGCAAUCCACCUCUCCUAUGUGCAUGCUCCCCCAUGGACUGGCUGUGGCAAUGUAACACCUGUACAAUGUUUUCAAAUAAAAAUACAUGCUUUAGGAAAGCAGCCCA